GCUGUCCCGGGCGUGGCCUGGGAUUCUUAGCUAAGCGGUGGUUGGGGUGCUGCUGGGGGCGGUUCUUCCGCGCGGGGCGGCCCGACCUCGCCUAGGGCGGCAGCACCCUCCGCGGCCCCUCCGCAGGACCCCGGGCGUCGCCAUCUUAACCAGGACGGAAGCCGCGCGGGGACCUGCAGCGCGCGCGUGCGCAGCAUAUCGGAACCCGGAAGCGGGUGCCGGGCCGCCGGAGUCUCGCGCGCUCUGCGCUGUCCCGCUACGACCGGCCGGGCCCCACGAUGGCGCAGGAGCCAGCGCUAGACGCCUCCGCUCCUCAGGCCCUUCUGGACGUUCUGCUCCAGAACCUCUACGACUUUGGAGAGACGGAAGAUGAAGCAGAGCAGAAAAGGAUCAGAAAGAAAACAGAGAAGAAAAGAGAUAUGGGGACCCCAGGGGCCUUGGUUGCAGAGCCAGAUCUCCAACCUGGAUCUCUUGUCAGAGGCCAGAGGAAGAGCGCUUCCAGCUUCUUCCAGGAACUCCAGGAAGAGCUGCAGGGUGUUCCCGCCGUGACCCCUGGUGGUUUCCCUUCAGGACCUGUAGUCUCUAGUUCUGCAGUAGCCCCCUCUCCCCUGAGGAACGACAGGGAACCAGUAGAAGUGGUGAAAUUUCACAGCAGAAGUAGAAAAAGAAAACAGAAGCCCGAUCAAGACGAGAACACAAAGACCAAAACUAGUAUCCUCGAGAAAGAUGUGGAUAUACAAGAAUUUAACUUAGAAAAGGCUCGUUUGGAAGUGCACCGGUUUGGGAUCACAGGUUAUGGAAAAGGAAAGGAGAGAGUCCUGGAGCAGGGACGCGCCAUUAUGCUGGGCGCUAAGCCUCCCAAAAAUAGUUAUGUGAAUUACAAGGUUUUGCAGGAGCAAAUCAAAGAAAAAAAGUCUGCAAAGGAAAAAGUAAAGAGAACGGCCCAGGACACAGAUAUUUUCAAGAAAAAGAAGAGGAAAGGACAGGAAGACAGGAAAUCCAAAAAGAAGAAAUCGGCUCCCAGUAUUUUGUCAAGUGGACGGAUUGGACAGGUUGGAAAAUUCAAAAAUGGGACACUGAUUCUGAGCCAAGUUGAUAUCAAAAAAAUAAAUUCUUCCAGAGUGGCUAAAUGAAGUACUUUAUAAAAUAAAGAGAGAAAUGGGAAGGUGCCAGUGACCGAAACUGGACCCCUACACGACUUCCAGAUUAUUCUUAUUUAUUUCAUAUUUCAUAGACUGCUCUUUUAUUUUAGGGAACAGAAUCAAAUUGAAAUAAUAAAAUUUCUAUCUGC